AGAUAGCCAUGGGAGCCGUGGGAGCAAAGGUGGGAGCCGUGAAAACCGCCGUGCGUCAAUAUGCGGACUGGUGCCUUAUUCCGGUGAAAGCCUCCAUGGCCAUGGAGACAGGGAGCAAGAAGCCGGACUUUUUGAUGAGGCAGUCUUUGCGCGCAAGCCGACAGGAACUGCACAUUUGUGCGGUGCUGAGUAAAGAGAUCUACAGUGGCACAAAAGGUGAACACCGCGUGAAGUUUCAGGGUCAGCCCGCGUUUUAUUUGUCAAAAGAAAGCAUGUCAAGUGGUGCCUGGGAAUCCUUCUUGCCACUGGAUCAAGAUUUUGAGGUGCUUCACGAAGGCUCGUGCAAAGGAAAGUGUGGCAAUUCCUAUCCAUACCUGGCAGUCAGUCUUUUUGACUCAAGGUCCUUGUCUGGGCCAAGGAAGCGGCAAUCGUAAAACGCUGGAAGGAAAGUUCAGAAUUCCCACGACGCAUCAAGCAGAAGCUAUACACGUGCGGUGUGAGUGACGACGAGGUGCUUGCAGCAACGUUCACCCCAGCUGCGCUCAGUCCAGCCACUGCAAGCGUAAUAGUAAAAGUUUCAGGCAAAAAAACUCUGUACUUGAUAUGGCAGGGUACUAUGGCGGGUGAGCGGCCCAUGGACAUGUUUACCGACUUAGCUGCUGGCCCGGUAUCAUUCACUGAAGAGUCGCUUGAAUUACAUGUUCAUUCGGCAAUGUGGGCCAAAGUGAACAGUGACUUCCUCAACAACAAGGCAAAGAUAGUGCAGGCCAUCAAAGAAGACAAGUGCGAGAAAGUUGUCUUUACUGGACAUUCAUUGGGUGGUGGCUGCGCGCUUCUUGCGCAUUUGAAUGCCCUUCUGAUUCAACGUCACGCGGAGGACACUGAGCUGCAGAAUGUGGCUCUGGAGAGCGUGGCCUUUGCAGCGCCCAUGGUCUUCCACUUCUCAGACGAUGACAAGCCCAAAAUUCAUGGCCAAAUCGGAGAAGUGCUUCAGGCCUUUAAGCAGAGCAGCCUCAACAUUGUCGUGGAUGCGGAUCUCGUGCCACGGCUGCCGGGGAAUGUGACCUACGCGAAGGCUGCGCUGAAGUCUUGUGCCGAGAACAUUCUGCAGAAGUACGGUGUCGAGUCGCAGGUCAAGAACCUUUUGAAGGACUCCAAGGAUCUGCUUGCGACGAAGUUCGAUAUGGAGAGCACAGCAGAGGAGCUUGGCAAGUUCAAGCAUCUGUCAAACCUGCUCAUCACAUGGGUCAUCGGCGAGGACGGCCAAGGGCCGUUUAAAAUGCUUGCCGAACCUGGCUUCGUGGAUGGCGAGGAUUUCCAGGCUCAUGAUCGAUACAAGGAGGGCUGCGACAACCUGAGCUGGCUGUACUUGCUCGCAUGCCACAGCUUCACACCCACAUGUGUGAUCGAACCGACCUCUGGGGUUCCUGCUGCAUACCCUUCAGGGGCUUGACAGGUCCGACUUGCGGUGCUGCGCAUCCUUGAAAGACCUAUGUUUCACUUCUUGCGAUUUUGGAGCACCGUUUUAGGAUGCUUCCUGAUUUGGCACGGCAAGCAAGGAGAGA